AUGCGUCACCGUGUUCGCAAGCGCUUUGACGCCCUGACGGCCUUGCUCUCGGAGGAGCCGCGCGACUCAAGACCGUCGCGAUGGACGGUGCCGAUGGACGACGCUACGCGCCCGCUGGAAGCGCGCAUCAUCGAGAAGGCACCCGAUGCGGAUACGCGUGGUUGGAUCCACCCCUUCUCGGUGGUGGAGGAGAAGCCCUCAGACAAGCGCCGACGGUGGAUCGCCUGGCCGCGGGAGAAGAACGAGCAGGAUCUUCUCGAGACGCAGCUGGACGACUUACGACACACCAGCGAGUACAUGUCCAUCGUGCAUGGCGAGUGUGCCACAAGAAUAUUUCUUGUUUUCGAUGGCUUGUCACUUCAUCUCAGCCUUGUGACGGAGGAUUCUUCAAGACUCUUGGGUUUCGGGGGCAUCGACCUCUUCAUAGGAGACUGUGGCUGA